AUAUCGGUGUAGCUGCCAGAUCGUUUGCAAGUUGACCAACCCAGCAGCUGCUCAAGCUUAAAAACAAAAGAAAAGCAAGAAAACAACGGCUUGUGUUGUUGUUCACGACAAGCGUUCCAUCGAAUAGCGGCGCAUUCAUUUUAACAUAGAAUUACUUGUAUUCUUGACCCAAACGCCUGAUCGUCUCGCUCACAGUGUCCACCAUCAACAACAUUUUGCUGUACAAUGGACGCUUUGGACGCUGGAGAAAUCCUAAGCCAUUUGAACCAUCUCGGGUAUCGCAACAUAACUGUGGUACAGUUGAAAGAAUUUCAAAAAGAUCUGAAGAAACUCAUCCGAUACGAUGCGAAACAGUGCGUUGAAAACUGCACCAGCGUAGAACCGAGCGUUUCAGAAAGGAACGUAUUUGAAAGAUUGCACACUGAAACAACGCUAAGCUACCAAGCUAAGCAUACACGAAGCAAACAUACAGAGCCGGACGCUGCACCCGUAAACAAGGAAAAUCAAGCGCCAAAUGCUAAAGCCGUUUCCAGUAAAAACGACGCCCCAGUCAGCAAGAUGUGGAUACGACCAAAAAGUUCUCACUCCGUAAGACGAAGCGACCCUGUAGCGCUGUACCAUUCCUACCAGAACGAGUGGAACAAAUUCAAGCAGAAAUUGCCGGGAGAGAACGAUCAUUCUGAGUUGCGCUGGAAAAUAAGGCACAAGCUGUUGGGGGAAUAGCUGACAAUAAAACUAACCGCUCUGCACUAUCAA